AAGUCGGGCGUCGGGCGGUAGCUGCGGUGAUCGGCAUCAGGAAAAAUGCAGUUUUGCAAAGAAUGGAAGGAGUUUUGUUUGUGCGCGCGCGGAGAGAUUUAAUUAGGGGUUUGAGGUGCGUCGUGACGCUGGAUGAGACACCCUGAGCGCCAUAAAAGCGGCCCGGCGCCUUCUCAGGGCAUCAGUCUUCCCUGAGAGACCACAGCAGCCCAAGCUACGCAAACUGAAACCAUGAAGCUCCUUUUGGUGUUGGCCGGUGCGGUGUGCGUGGCGUCGUCGCAGGAGGCUGUCAAGGUGAAGCGCGGCCUCAACUCGUUCGGCGGCGGCGCGUUCGGCGGCCUGGGCGGCCUGGGCGGGUGGCCCGGAGCGGCCGGCGGGUGGCCGGGGGCGGCCCUGGGGGCCGUGGGGGCCGGCGGACGGCACCCGCUGUCGGUGGAGGCGGCGACGGCGGCGCUGAUGCAGCAGCAGCGGCGCGCCGAGGCCGAGGCCGGCUGGAUCGAGGCGCAGAAGCGCGCCGAGUGGGAGGCCGCGCAUGCGCACCAGCGCAAGCGCCACGAGCUGGAGGCUGCGCUGGCCAAACAGCGCAAGCGCGCAGAGCUCGAGACGGCGCUCGCGCAGGAGCAGCGCUACGCCGAGCUGGAGGCCGCUCUCGCGCAGAAGGUGGCCGCCGCCGCCGCCGCCAGGGAGGCCCAGGCCGCCGUCGCGCAGAAGGUGGCCGCCGCCAAGGAGGCCAUGGCCAUCCAGCGCUCCGCGGCCGCCGCCGCCGCCGCCACCGCCCUCUCGCCCUCAGCCCCCAGGUCCCCCUUCCACUGGUGAUCUGACCUGACCUGCCCUGCCUGCUUACCUUCCCUCAGGGUGCGACACGGCUGACCAACUGCUCUCUCUUUGUUGACUUUGAUCAAUUUUACCCAAAAUAAAAAAUAUUUCCGCGCGGA